CCGAGAUCUAAGGAAUUGACUCAUUUUUCUCUCUUGUGUUAUAUAUAUCGUGAGGGUUGACAGAGAUGUCGAAAUUCUCCAAUGAAUAUACAGAUUAAUCAUGACGACUACAACUUCUAUUGAGUUGGCGAGUAUUCGCCCAACUGAUGACGAUGAGACAGAAAUCCCAUCAAUCGAUGCUCUUCCGCCGACAGAUCGAGGUCGAGGGGCUUAUACAGCUUUGGCUUGUUGUACAAUUGCCCAAGCACCUAUAUGGGGAUACUCUGUCUCAUUUGGAAUCUUUCAAGAGUACUACACCGCUCAUGCCAAUCUCAAAGCCUCCUCGAGUGCCAUCGCGUCCAUUGGUGCAUCUCAGACAGGAAUCAUGUAUCUCAUGAUGCCUGUGGCAUUCAUCGUUCUAAAUCGCUUUCCGCGUCUUCGAAAGUGGUGCGGUCCUAUCGGUUUGGCUAUCACCAUAAUCAGCUUAACGGCUUCAGCCUUUGUAGGCAAUGUUGAUGGUCUCAUUGCCACCCAGGGUGUUCUGUAUGCUAUUGGAUGCAGCUUGCUCUUCAGCCCAAUCUCCCUCUACAUGGACGAAUGGUUUGUCGAGCGGAAAGGGUUUGCCUAUGGAGUUAUGUGGGCUGGCAAAUCAAGCGUUGGCGUCGCCAUGCCGUUUCUUUUUAACGUCUUACUCCAGCGAUUCGGACUCAAAGCAACCUUGCUAUCUUGGACAGUGGCAUCAAUGGCUAUGACUCUACCAACACUCUUCUUUCUGAAGCCUCGAGUAGAGAUCAGCCGUGACUCAAGGCCGCGUCCUAUCAGCUUUGCUUUCUUCGGAUACGCUUCAUUCUGGAUGCUUCAGUUCGGCAUAAUUAUUCAGUCAUUGGGAUAUCUGAUGCCAAGCACAUACUUGGCUAGUUAUGCCACCGCGAUUGGGCUUCCCUCUGUCACAGGACCGAUCUUGCUGGCGCUCUUCUCGCUUGCCUCUGUGCCUGGAUCUCUCAUCCAUGGUAUGCUAGGCGAUAAGAUCUCUGGUGCCAAAAACAUUCUUGUCUCCUCUUUGGGAAGCGCACUUCCGGUGUUCCUCCUAUGGGGCUUGGGCCGUCAUAUAAGCACUAUGGUGGUCUUUGUGAUUCUGUAUGGCUUCUUUGCUGGUGGGUUCAGUGCGACAUGGUCAGGAGCUUUGCAAGAAGUCAAGGGGACGAACGAGUCGAUCGAUACAUCCUUGGUAUUUGGUAUGCUACUCGGAGGUCGUGGGCUGGGCUUCAUUGUUGCCGGGCCUCUCAGUGGUGCGCUCAUCUCAGCAGGGAGUUCGUUGGCAAGUGGUGAUAGUCUGGGGUAUGCGACCAAGUACGGUCCAAUGAUUCUUUGCACUGGCAUCACGGCAAUACUUGGAGCGUGGGCACCUAUCUGCAAGAUCGUCAAGUCUGUUGGGAAGAAAGGACUCGAAAAAUAUGCAAUUUUGGUGUUGUAAUUACAAGCAUUGGGAUUUAGCGAUGGCAGUGCAGGAGUAGAGCACAGGACGGCGGCUACAGAUAUGGUGUUUCAAAAUGGCGCGUGUUCAUUCAGGCGAUGACUUUAGUUCUAUAAUUGCUACAAGGUCUUCAACCCG